AUGUGCCGCUUACAUCACAUUGACGACCCUGGUGAGUUCAGGUCUACUCUCUCCUCACCUGUCGGGACUGUGCAGCACGUUCUCUUCGUGCCGGUUGUGCCAACCACACAUCCUAAUGCUAGAUUCUGGCUGCUGCACUGGGGAGAUGCGGCUGUUGUUACUUGUGGACAUACCCCUUUUCAUUGGGAUGUUGUCUCCGCUCACAUCCGGGCCCUGUUCCCAGGGGGACCUUUGCCAGACCGUUGCCCAGCUCUUUCCUUUGCAGGCCAGUUUUAUCCGCCUGGAGCUCCCUUGCCUGACUUCCCGUCUGGAGCUGUCACUCAGAUCAUCAUCGGCGCUCUUGCGCGAAUACCGGGAGAUGAUGAUCCCUGGAACCCGGACCCGCUAGUCAUUGAUAGCCCCUUCUUCCGACAUGUGCCCAGUCGUGGCCCUGCACUGGAACCGGCCAUACGGCUUGAUGGGCGUGGCAAUCGACUUGCUGAUGGCGCCUCGCAAACUCCCCUGGUAGAUCAAGGCGUACAGACUGAUCUCUCAGGUAACGGUACUGGUCUCGACCAUGCUACUGUCUCACGGGUUCAUCUGCUGUCCCGUGAACUCUCUUUCCAUACAUCACGACUCUGGGCUGGGCUUGCGGAGCCUGACGCUGAGCCCGUGGGAGAUUCCCCCUCCGUUCUGAGGUUGUCCUCCCAAAGCGCGUGUGCUGCUGCCUCUGCCCCGAACGUCGAUUUGUUGGAUAUCGGAGGUACUUCUGGCAGCCGCAAGCUGGCUCUGCCGUACUCUGUUAGUUGGGUCUUAGUCGGGGCGCAACUUGGUUUUAGGGGGGUUGCGUUAGGGAGCUUUCUUGCUCUUGCAACUGUCAGUGAUGGCUCCAUUAUCUUCCCCCCGCCGGAUUGUUCGGAUGAGGAGCAGUCUGAUGAGGAAGAUCCCCCUCCUGUCCAAGCUGAGAACAUGUCUGCCGCUGCUGGUGCACCAGUCCCUUUCACCAUUCCAGCUGGACCUCCUCCACCGGAGCCGGUGAACGCCCCCUUUCAACCCCGUUUGCGCUAUCUUCGUGCGGCCCGCCCUCUUGAGGAUUAUGCUCUCGGACUUUGGCCCUCCACUCUUGAUCGGGAGCCGGCUGCCGAUGAGGACGUUGUUCGACGUGUCCAAGCAGAUUUGCUUGGACUACAACGAGGCUUACGCACAUUUGCUGCUGCCAUACCACUGGGCACUCCCUUUUGUAUCCACAACCCCUUCACUGCCAGACAGCAAUGCGACAUUGUGGAAUACUCCGCUGGGCCGGAGCUUAAUCCCUUUGUCCUGUUUCAAGGACAUGCACGCAGCCGUGGUUGGGCCGGGAUGGUCUUGCUCAUGCCGCAGCCCGAUGCCACAGCUGUGCACCUCAUCGGCUGCCCGCAGGCGCCGGGCAAUGUCGCGGUAGGUGUCGUCAUUGACGGACGCCUCCUUCCAUGCUGCCUUCCUGCGUGUGUCGCCUGUGCAGCGCUCCAGGCGCUUUCCCUCGACGGCCGUGAAUAUGAUCUCCGACCUCCGGAGGCUCAAGCAGAAACUGCUGUUGUUCAAUUUCGCAAUGGUGACUGUCUGGCGGCGGGGCGCCGCCCAUCCCGCCAGAUACCCUCCCAGCAGGAUGUGCAAGAUGCCACUGCAGAAACCUUGGGGGUUGGCACUGAUGCCGCAGCAACGGACACCUGCCACACUCAGGUCUGGGCCCAGUUUCGCAAUGAUGAUCCGGGUUGGGCGGUGGACUACUUUCCGGUCUGGCCAGGGCCUGCAUUCAACGAACUUUCAAUCGUCCCCGUCGGACAUGACCCUGCACUUGUCACCAUUAUGCUUAUCUGGGGAGGCCACCAUCGGGCAACACUCACGCCCCGAACUAUGACGGUGGCGUGGUUGACUUCCUUUGUUGCCCGCCAUAUCAAUAGUGAAAUAGGCGGGCUCUCACUUCCCCACGGGUUGGCGGUUUGUGAAUAUUUCGAUGUCCCGCCAGCUGCUUUUCGGUUCCGCAACGGGGACGUCGUUUAUAUCCAUGAUCCCCCAGCGGACCCUGAUGAGCCGUUAGAGUUUGUGGAGCCUUGGCACCUCCAAGAUGGACUCGCGGCACACCACGCUCCAUGGGCAGUGGGAUUCCAGCUUAUGUUUCCGAUUUCGGUUCACCUGCUCCGUCCUGAGAAACCGCCACUGCUCACGAGCAUCCCGGCCGGAGAAUCGUGGUGUCCCGAGGCAUUUUCGUUUUCUGGGGAUUUUAGACACCAAUUUCCGGGCUUUUGGACGCCGGUUCAGUGGACGAGUGCUCGUGCCCUGCAGCUUAUGGCGGUUAACGAGGUUGCAGCUAAGGUUAAUGUUGUAGCAGCUACUCCAGAAGGGCGGCUGUGCCGAUCGGUUGAUCGUGUUGCGUCUCGUGACAGCCUCGCUGCUCAGUUGCGGUUCUGCCCUGCGACGGUUCUAGUUGGCGGGGUCCCGUCAUAUGCCAUGGAGCAAGCUUGCGAACUCCGCAACGGGGAUGUGAUUUUCGGAGAAUUCGCUCGAGGUGACUGUGCGACUGCCUCCUGUCGUCUCGGUUGGUGGUUGGGAACUGCCUUUGCUCUAUCACAUCUGACCAUGGCACGCCAGUUCCUGCUUGUCCUUGCUGUUGGCCUCAUGCAUGGUGGCCAGUCUUCGAGUCUCGGGGCCGGUGCUCUGUUUUUAUUGCCGUCAGCGGCGGCCAUGAUUCAACGGGCACCUGCAGCCCCCUUGGCAGCUCCGGUUAUCCCUGCUGCCACUGUUAACCGAGUCACCCUCACUUUGGCCAAUCCCUUUGCGCCCUGGCAACGCGUUGAAGUUGACCCCAGUAAUGCCUUUGAGGAUGUCAUCGCGGAUGCACAUCACACCUUGACGUCGUGGCAUCGGGGGUUUGCUGAAUCCGGGUUGGUGUCCGAUGGUUCGCAUGUUCUGGUCCCGAGACCAGGUGACUUGAUAGCAGUCCGGCCUUUCCAGUCGGACCCUUCAGCAGGGCCACGCGAGACGCCCGUCUUCUUGACCUGGGGAGCUGCACAUGCCACCGUUUGCCAACACGAGGAGGCCUUGGGAGUCCAUCGUUGGGCGCCCUGCCACGGUGUGUCGAGAUUGACAGAGGCGCUGCACAUGACCUUUACAUUCAAGGGUUUUCCCUCCGCCCCGCCUCCAGUCAGGCUACAGAGGAAGCCAGUGUACGCGACGGUGAUUGGUGGGUUCAUUCCCUUGCAGCUGGACUGCUUGGGAUGCCACCUAGGCGGAGUCGCUCCCGUGAUCGGGACAGCUCUCACCGCCAUUUUCCUGCGCGAGUCGAUUUCAGCAGUGGUGAACCUUAUGUCCUACAGGUUGGAGCGAAUUUCAUUUUGCCCGAUUGGAAGGACCAUGGACAUUCAGCGGCUGGCCGCCCGCCUCAUUCCCAGCACACGGUUUUGGGUUGUCAUUCCGCCUCCUUCCCUUCGUGCCGCUCACAUGCACACGCACAUCCGCCUUCGCAACGGAGAUGCGUUUGGCUUUCUGCCUGACUCAACACAGCCCGGCUCUACGCGGUUCCCUGCUCUGCACUACCCCUCCCUUGAUAGGGCGCGGCAGGUUGCCAGCUGGUCGUUGUCUUUCAGGUUCGACACAGGCGGCCCCGUCACCCUGUGGACAACCUCCAGCCGUUUUGGCCAGCUGGUGUAUGUACGCGACAAUGCGUAUUGGGAUCCUCUAGGCCCCACAUUUAGAAGCCUAGGUGGAGAGACCCUAACAGGCUCCUGGGUACCAGUUCUUACGGGUGACCUGUCGGACCUGCAUCUAAUGUCCCGCACCUCAAUUUCUGAAGCGCAUGUGCUCUUUCUCUUGCCGCCAGAGCAGACACCGGUGGGGGUCUUCCUAGCGGGCUGCAACACCCAUCGCAUCCCCUUGGGAUGGCAACUGUUACCUGCCAUUCGUUAUGUGCGUGCUGGUGGCACGUUGCGGGAUGGGGACGUCUUGGUUAUUGCCCCGAAUGCUGAUCUUGUUUGGGACCCCUUCAGUAUACGGCCUCCCAGUCUAGAUGAUGCUCAGCCGCAGAGUGCCCCGCAUACCUGGCAUCAAUCUCUGACCUCUGCCUCGCCUGGCCCCACGGUUCUGCUUGGCGUUCUCGCGGUUUCGGUUGGUCGCGCUCCCUGGUGGUUAGGGCUAGCCCUCGGGGCCGUGCUGGGGUCUAGCAUGGUGCCUUCUUACGAGCUUCUCGAUCCGCCCAUCCGAGUUGGGCUGUACCCAUGGCGCGCCCGUCCAGGUGAAGGCGACCUUCUCGAUCUUUCGGACCGACCUGAAUUGGAUAUUGUUCUGCUUAGUCCUUUCACAGGGCCUCGGGAGGCAGGUCGUCUGUAUACCUCCGCUACCAUUACUGAGCUUAACACCUUGACGCAGGCCUGUGAGCCGGCUUGGGGUGCCGACGUUAUGCCCGUCUGGCCGACAGCCGCACUCCCAGCCUUGUUGGUCGUGCCUCGACCCCCUGAUCCCAGACUCGUGUGCCUGGCGGUGUCCUCUUUGGCGCUCUCCCUGCGGGCGCCUAGUUCCCUGGCCGCGUCGACGCCUCCUGACGGCGUUAUCAUUGGCGUUCAGGUUCGGCAUUGUGCUGUCUGGGCAGUCGACUUUUCGGUCUCUGUCCGGAUAAAUUUCAUACUUUGGCGCCCUGGGGUCCGUGCAAUACGGGGACAUGCACCCGAAGGGGCACAGUGGCGGGCCCUCGACUUUACGUUUGCCGGGGAAUUCUGUCAACACUAUCCGGGGCGUUGGGUGCCGGUACCAUGGAUUGCCCAAGACCAUGCCCAUUUAGUUGUUGUGUCUGAGGACCCGACAUACGUCAAUGUGGUCAUUGAAGCUGACGGUAAGUGCUGGUGUGCCCCAGUUACUGCCGCGACGGACGCCUGGCAGUUAUGGAAUGACGUGCCCUCCAUCUCCACACAGCCACGAGUUCUGGGUCUUUCACACCAGGAACUGCGCCAAGGCACUGUCCUCCGCAAUGGUGACGUUGUGUCAGGAGCUCCCCAGGUCGCCUCGCCUUCGGGUGGCGUUCGGGUUCUCCUCGUUUUCUUUCUUUCUGCCCGAUUUCUACCGACUUUCCCGAGCUCUUUAGUUCUGAUUGCUGGCCUGUUUUUCGGCUGGCAUCAUGAGGCCGCCGGUGCACGCCACCUAACCAUCGCGGUUGGCCUUGCUGCCACCGGGCAGAGUCAUGUUGGGGCAGUUAGGACGCAUGACACACCCUAUCCUGCAGGGGAAUGUCACCGCCUCUGGGAGCCUUCCGGCUCUGUGUCAGGGCCGUUCUUUGGUCCCGUUGAUCGUCCGCCUGAGGAGUUGCGUCAUGCCGCUGUUGCGUGGUCUGAUUUUACUCAAGUCCUGCCACCUCAGGAUCCUCGCAUAGUGGAUUGGGUGCCUGUCCCUUCGGAUCCCCUCUUCGUUGUUGUCUUGCUCCAGUGCCCGCCUGCGACUCGAGCCGCCAUCUUGCCAGCCACGUGUCACGCUGCAGACCUCACUCGAGCUUGUCGACGGUCGGUCCCUGAUUUAGCUUGUGUUUUGGCUUCGCCUGAAAUCUGGUGUGGCACCGCCACUUCCUUUACCCCAACCCUCUUCCUUUGGUCUGGGGACGUGCUGACCCUGGCAUGUGCCGGCUGGGCUCCACGCUUGCGCUCUCCCAGCGGCCGCUACUGGGAUACAUUCUAUCAGGCCCGUAAAUUUGCCUUUUGGGGUAGCCCCUUUCAGAUCCGCAUGCCGGGCCUCUUGUUUGCGUGGUCGGCCGGCGAUCCUGUUCCCUUGACGGUUCACACCGUUCAAAAUGAAGUGUGGGACCCGGUGCACUGCACGUUCCGACCCUCUUUGGCCCGGUACAGUGUUGACCGUUGGAUCCCGGCUGCCCGUUGUGACCUGCUUGGCCUCCAUCUUGUCCCUGAGAGCCUUAACCCGCAUUGUGCACAUGUUCUGCCCACGCAGCCACCUCUUCGGUUGCUGGAGGUCUCCCGUUAUAGCACACAGGGUCUGAUUCGGGAUGGUGAUAGCGGCUCUUUUGGUAGCAGCGCUCCCUCCCCGCGUCUUCUGCUGUGCCUUGUUGGCCUUCUGCUGGCGCGGAAUGCCUUGUCGCUCUGGCCCAGUGGAGGGGCUCUCCUUCUUGCAGGGGCCUCCUUUGGGGCUUUCCCCUUCAGUGACACACUUGUCUUUCCGGGUGUUGCUCCUGUCGCGCUGCCGGUUACUGUGCAGAAUCUUCGGGUUGGGUCGCACAUGUGGCCGCAGAUUGCAGCCAGCCGGGGUUGUUUUACCGCGGAUGGGGGACCUCGCCGACGUGGAGCGCUGCCCUUUUGGCUUGCCGCCCCUGAGCCAGCUGCGAGGUCUGGGGCCCAGACUGCUCCUGUUCCACCUGCAUGGUCUGCGUCCUUGCUUGAAUGUUAUGGCCGUGCGUGGGGAGCGCCGGCCGAUGACCGCGACUCCGAUGCCGUUCAUGAAGCAACUCCGGCGGCUCAUUGUCUCGAUUUGCAGGACGCCGGGUAUCACUAUGCCGGCUUGGCAGCACAUUAUCUGUUUAAGCCCCUUCUCACUGACCUUCCUUCGUCACUCGCUCCCCUGCUUCAUCAGGGAUGGUGCCGUUUUCCCCGUUGGCCAGGCGGUGUCCCUGAUGAAGUCUUCAUUGCCACUGAUGGUAGUGGGUUAUGCAGGGGAGGCUGGGCCCUAGCUGUGUGGGUUUCGUGGAAGGGCAAUUGGUAUCGCCUAGGCUGGGACGCCGGCAGCCUUGCUUCUACACCCUGGCUUCCCUCGUUUCCUGCAACUCAUCUUGACAUUCGUUCUUACCUGGGGGAACUGAGCGCCUUGGUGUCUGCUGCCGCCUGGUUUACGGUGUGGUGGGACAACAUGCAGCUCUUGACCGGACACGCGCCUGCCAGGGUUACCCUAGCAGUUGACAACAGUGCAGCGCUUCAAGUCGCGGGGGGCCAUGCUUCGGCGACAACGCCUCAUGCCCGUGUCUGCCGGGCCUUGUGGCAGUCGAUUCAGUCCCGAUGUUCGACGCAUUUCAGGCAUGUGCCGGGACAUACUGGCAGCCUUGUCAACGAAAUAGCCGAUGCCUUGGCGGGGUACGGUACUGUUCAUGACCGUUGUGCGUCUGUUGGGUGGUGCCGCCUGCCAACUACCUUUGGGGACUCACUUUUAGAGUGUGCUCCGCUCAUGUGGCUCUUGCCGCAGGCACGCCUGGAAGAAGGUCGGUUGUGUUGGCGCUCCUUGGGAUGGGUCGAUUGCCCCCACACUUCCAUGCAAGUGCCCCCACCGAUACAGCCUCAUGUGCGGCAAGAUGACAAGCAGGUCAAGCCUCUUCGUACCACCGUCACCCUGGUGCAAGCCAACAUCCAGACAAUGAAAGAUGUUGAUGUGUCCUUCUUCAAUAGGGAUGGACACGGGCAGCGUCGCAUCUACUUGGCUAAGCAACUUCGAACUCUGGGGGUCCAUAUUGCCUUUCUUCAAGAGUGCCGUAGCCGCCCGGGCCGGUGGUCUUCCCACGGCUUUCUCAGCUUCCGGUCUGGAGCCGAAAAAGGGCUGUUCGGGGUUGAAAUUUGGAUCCGCCCUGACCUGCUGCACCCUGCAUUGAGUCUGGAUGACUUUCGCAUCCGCUUUGCCAGCCCGCGAAUUCUGCUAGUGCAGUGUCAACGAGCUGAGCUACCGGUUACUCUUGUUGCAGCCCAUGCGCCACAUGCUGAGAGGCCGGAUGCGGAUAUUCGGCGAUUUUGGCAUGAUCUCAGGACGCAACUUCUUCCGGCCUGCAAUCGCGGUACCGUUCUGCUAGGGAUUGAUGCUAACGCCGACUUCAUUGGCCAUGAUGAAGAAGAGACCCUUGUGGGAGACCUUCUUAAUCUCCGCCCCGCCAGGCUUGGCGACGAUCUCCUUCUUGCCUGUGCACAUGAUACGGCGCUUGCUGCCCCAGGCACAUGGUCUGAGGUUUGCACUGGACCCACUUGGACUUGGCAGCACACAGGAGGGAAGACCCAACGCUUGGACCACCUUCUUAUUACUCACGGCACUCGGGUCUCUGAGUAUCGCCAAUUUCCUGAAUUUGACAUCUUGAAUGGCGAGGCCAGGGAUCAUAUGCCCAUUGUCACUACUGUUGACGUUUCCGGGAAGUCCGCAGGUAAAAUGCAUCCGCGAUGCCCCUACUCGGCUGACUCCGGUGCCUCUGUCGCUGAGGCUGUCUGGGACGCUCUCCACCAGUCUCCACCUGGAAGUAGUGCCGAGAGGGUCCAGCAACUCUGUGAUGCCCACGACCAUGCGGUCCGUCGCCUUCCUGCCCGGCCCCCUCUUCAAAAAAGGCAGCCUUAUCUGUCUGAAGUCGCUGCCGGCCUCCUUGAAACCCUUCGUGAUGCACGGGCCGAGGUUAGGCGGCUUCAAACCCUCUAUCACCGGCAACUCUGUCUGGUUGCCUUCAGGGCAUGGUGCCGCCGUCGGGUUGAGUCCCCGGCCCUCCCUUGGGAACUUCACCAGGUCCGCAUGAUGCUGGCGCAUUUUGCACACGUGUGUUUCCGGUUGCGAGCUCAGGCUCAUGCACAGGCACGGCUGGAUAAGCAGGCUUACUUUGAAUCCAUGCUCCUCGGUGCAGUCGACCACUGGCAUGCCACCGGGCGCCCUCUCGAGGCGGUUGCCAAGCUGUCUUGGGCAUCCAAAGGCGCCAAGCAAAAACGUGAUGUUAGGGCCGCAAGUGGGUUUGACAUCGAUGAGCAACUCCAGCUGCAAUUCCAGCAGCAGGAAGAUGGCCGUCCGGUGUCGGAUGCCCAAUUGAGUGCGGCCUUUUCUCUCUGGGCUGCUGCACCGCGUGGCGUUUGUCUUUCGGCACUACCCACCCUUCUUGAUGUUGAACACAUGUGUCGACUCCAGCGCCGCGGCAAGGCCCCCGGCCCGGACCACAUUCGAAAUGAGGUCUGGCGAACCCAUCCCGAUCGCGCCGGGCGCUGGUUGUGGCCUAUGUGGGUUCAUCUUGCUUGGGGAGAGGCUGAGCCACUUCACUUUAAAGCUUCUACUGUAGGCGCUCUUCACAAAAAGGGCCCAGCUCACAUUCCUGCCAACUUCCGUUCCAUUGCCAUGCUGAAUGGAGUGGCUAAGUUGUGGCACUCUCAACUUCGGGCCACCCUGGGUCAGGAAGUUAUCGCUCAUUACUUUCCGACCCAGCUCGGUGGUAGGCGAGGCGUCGACACCGGCCUUGCCCUCACUGUCUUCCGCUCUGCCGUUGAUCUAGCUUCCGUUCACGGCCGUUCCUGGGCUGCCUUGUUUGUCGAUAUUCAGGCCGCCUACUAUGAAGCGGACAGAACCUUGCUUUUCCAUGGCCGUGACCUUGAACCAGCUCUCGCGGGCCUGCAGUUGCCUCGUCAUGUACAUGGCCUCAUUCAGGAUGGCGUCCUCGCGGGUCUCGGGGUUCCCGCUGACCAGGUUGCUCUCCUGCGUGACUGCGUCGAAUGCUCGUAUUGGCGCCUUGUCGGCCAGCACCAGGCCAUCAUGGCAGGUCGAGGUUCUCGGCCCGGGGACGGCCUUGCCGAUGUCCUGUUCGGAGCCUUGUUUGCUGUGAUUCUACAGUGCCUUCAUUUUGCGCUCAAGGCUGAAGAUAUUGUUCAUGCGGCAUCCUCUGAUGCCCUUGGACGACCCGAUGCUUCCCUCCAAAUCGCAUGGGCUGAUGACCUGUGCCUGCUUGUUGAUUUCAUCCGAGCCACUUGGGCUGUCUCGAAGUUGCGACGCCUUUGCACUAUCGUCCUCCAAGUUUUCGAGGCCUUUCGGUUCCGCGUCAACCUUGGGGCGGGGAAGACAGAGGCGCUUGUCCACCUCCAAGGAGCGGGGGCUAAUGUGGCGCGCAAGGAUCUCUUAACCCCUGAGCCCCUUCUUGCUCUUAGUGAUGGGAGAGGCAUUAGGGUUGUCCCUGAAUAUAAGUACCUAGGGGUCGUGCAGCGUUGCCGUGACACUGGCCGACGGGAUGUCGAGGCAGCCGCCGCACGUGGCAACUCUAUCUGGACUCAAGCCUCUGGACUUGUGCAUUCUGAGAAGUUGCCGUGGAUGCUCAAGUCCGUCUGGCUGCAGGGACGGACUCUCCCAGCAGCGUACUCCUCCCUCGCCACUACCUUAGCUCGUUCUGAACGAGCCUGGGGACCCCUGAAUGGAUUCUACGACAAAUGCCUUCGUCAGAUUGUCGGGUCUUGGGAUGCUGGGCACCAUGUUGCCUCAGUCCAACUGCGGGCCUGUACCGGGGUCCUGGAUGUGGAAUGCGCUACGGUUAUCGCUCGUGUGCGCCUGUUAUGCCGCAUUGCCUCGGGCCGUUCCCCUGAGGUAUUUGAAUUGUUCCAAGCCAGCUGGGAUCGCGGCGGGGAAUGGUCUUCUCUCCUUGCUGACGCGGUACGGCGGGUUUGGCCGGCCUGUGGCCUACCAGCACUCCAGACAGGCGAGCCUACCCUUCUCUGUGUGCGACGACGCACCAAAGAGAUCCUCUCGGCUUGUCGCCGGAUCAGUCGGUCCGGCACUAUGCUGCUGGCUCUCCAUCGGGCGUGGAGGAGUCAUGGCGGUCCGCCACCCAAGCGUGUGAUUGGUCUCGCGUCCCCUCACAUCUGCCCGGAGUGUGGUGUGACUCUCCCUUCGGCGCAUGCGCUAGCGGCUCAUGCUCACCGUCUUCAUGGGCGAGUUGCUCUCUGCACACAGUACACGUUGGGGACGAUCUGUCUGUGGUGUCUAGUUGAAUUCCAUAACGCUGCGCGUCUCCGGUAUCAUCUUUUGCACUCACCGGACUGCGAGCACGGGCUGCGGUGCUGUGUGGGCCCUGUCUACGAGUAUGGUACAGGCACCAAACGUCGCGGCAAACAAGGCCAUGCCAGGGCCCCGGUUUUCCGUGUCGCAGGCCCGUGUAACGCUACCGCGGCACAGCGCCGUGCCGCCGAGGAGGGGCGUUGCUGGACAGAAGAGGAGCUUUCUGCUGAGUUACGCACUGUCGCUCCUGGUCCAAGCUUCUCCGAGGGCACUCGCUCCUCCCCUGUUGUGCCCUUUCGCCGUGUUGGUGGUAGCUCUACUCUUGCUCCUGGCGACGUGGUUAGCACGGUCCCGUGUCCUGUGGUCUUGCACUCGCCACAUGAUCCUGUUGCUCUGUCCACCGGAGCCUUGGAUUUUGGCUCCCCCACCUCCUCGGUUCGUCCUCCUCUCGCUGACACCGCGGUUGCUUUUGCUCGGUACCAGACACAUCCAGCGGACAGGUUCUGCAUUGUCUAUUGUUUCGAUGAGGCUCCUGGUGCCUCGUCGCUUUGCGUCCCCUCUUGUCGGUGGUGUGCGGUGCCUCCCGCCAUCUGGUGUCUCCCGCAGUCUUGGGCGCGUUGCUGGAAGCUCUUUCUUGCCCUUGAUUCGCAACAUCCGUGGUCAGCUGAGACUUGGAGACUCACUGCCUUUCUGCGCCAGGAGGAACGCCCAUCUCCGGGCGCCACCCUUGGAUGCCUGACGUGCUUCGAUCAGAUCGCGGCACAGCGGGUCCUUUUCCUGCGGAGGAUGCUCACGUGUCUCCACUUGCUUCGUCAGAUUAAGGUCGGAGCUGCUCUGUGGUGCGCUGUUCCCUUGCCUAGUGCCUUCUGGGAACUUCUGCGUCGUGUCGUGCCUCUCGCAGUUGGUACUUCGGCUGUUGCAGUGCUUGGUUUUGGCACUGUCAUUAGCCUACCUGCGGUCGCCCCGCGGGCUCUUACCUCCCUUGCCUCGGGUUGGCUUUCCUUGGCCUCUCCCCGUCGCUUGGCGAUGCCGCACCAGCUUCCUUUGUAG